GUCAAGCGUGACCGCAUCAAGAUGAUCAGUGAGCUCCUUCAGGUCUUCGAUGGUUCCUCCGUGGCCUCUGACUUGGCGCAGGUCAAGUCCCUCACCGAAGAGAAGGAGCGUUUGGGCAAGGAGCUCGACGCCGAACGCCCCUUGGAGGACCAGGUCGCCUCCCUCACCACGAGGCUGCGGAACUCCCGUGCCAAGGCCAAGUGCCUACGCGAGGAGCACGUUCAGAAACAGCUGGUCAUCGACGAGCUGGUUGCCAAGCAGGCGGUGCUCCAGCUGCUGCCGAAGGUCUCGGUCAACGUCAAGCAGCUUGGCGAGUUGGCCGCGGAGCUCGGCCUGGACCCCAGCCUUCAGGCGCAGCUGGAGGCGGCGGCCAAAGUCUUCGGGAUGCUCCAUGAGCUUCCCCAGGCGAAGCCGCCGGCGGCACAGGUGCAGGUUCUCGCUGAGAGAGCUGCCAGAGACGACAUGGGUAUCGGCACCGACCUCAUGGAGUCCUCCGGGCUGCGGGAGGCGUUGGACGCGGCAGGACUCACGCAGCCUGACGAUGCCACCGGCGCGGACAUGCGGAUGGCGCACAAGCGUGUCCUGGACUCUUUUACGCGCGCGGCUACGGAGCACAAGAGGAAGAAGAAG